AUGAAGAUCUUAUUAUAUGAGGGAGUCGUGACAAGAAAAUUAUAUUUUGGAUAAAGAAGAAUGAGUUGCGAUGUUCAUAAACAAUUACAUAUCAUAAAUAGAGUGUUAUAAGAUUAAGCUUGA